UUCCUCUAUUUCAAACCGGAUUUCCAUUCGGAUUUUAUUUUUUUUUUCCUCCGUUUUAUUUUAUUCUAUAACUCUGAUACGAAUCAUUUCGUGCAAGACCUAAGACUUGGCACUUUUACAUAUCUCUGUUAUUUCACGCUUUCCUUCCUAUUUUCCUUUGCAUCGUUCUAUCAUUUUAUGCAUUUUUCGUCUUUUAUGUUUUUUAGCUCUAAGAUAUAAUUUUUGCUCCCCUUUUACCCAAACUAUAUAUUCGACAUGCAUAUUAAAGUCUUUAUUUGGCUUUUCCUCUUCUUCUUUCUCUUUUCUCUUUCCUGUGCUGCCUCCUCUAUCUUUGGCCCAAACACCGUAGAAUUGGGUACUAAAACACUCUCCAAAUAUGUUCAUCAGCAUGGUCCUACAUUUGUUGUUUUCUAUGCUCCUUGGUGUGGCUAUUGUAAAAAGUUAGGCCCCAUCUUCUCCAAACUGGCAAACAAGUUACAUAAUCUUGUUCCUUUUGCUGCAGUGAAUUGUGAUCUCGAAAGCAACAAGAAAGUAUGUUCGCGGUAUAAUGUCCGGGGAUUUCCUACCAUUAAGUUUCUCUUCCCUUCUCCGCUCCAGCCUUCUACAGUCUUCAGUGCGGAUUAUGAAGGAGAUCGAAGUUAUGGAAACAUGUAUAAAUUUGUUUCUCAAAAUUACCCUGUUACCAUCACCCCAAUCAGAAAUGAUCCUCAAAUGAGAAAGUAUAUGAAUUCACGAACCAACGUUACAAAGGUGAUCUUAAUUACGGAAAAGUCAAAAGCUACAAUCACCUACAAAACCUUGGCAAAUUACUUUUCCAAACUUCCAUUUAGUAUUAGUUCGCCGGAUAAAAUAUCACUAGGUACCCUUGGUAUUGAUCCCGAAGAAGUCACUGAGUUUCCUACUCUUUUAUUGCAACAUCCUGAUCAAAAAUAUCCAACACUAUAUCGUGGUUCGAUGGAGCGUGACGCUAUUAAAACCUUCAUCGAGAAUCAGUUAAAGGAAUUCAGUUUUAGCGAAUAUCUCGACUCUUUCUGCACUCGUCAAAACUGCCUCUUACAUUUUUAUGACAAUGAACAAGAGAAAGAGGCUUUCCCUGCUGAUAAUAUCACCAAGAAAUACCCCAAGUUACGUUUGGUUUCUCUUCCUGCGUCCUCAGUUUCAGCUGAAUUGAUCCGUAAUUCUUUAGACCUAGGAUAUAGUGACGCUAUCCUGAUUAAUCUGUUUAAAUCCUAUUAUCUUGCAAAACCUUUCGGUACUCAGGUAUCAUCAUGGCUUGAUGAUAUUAAAGUUGGGCAAGCAGGUAGUCUGACUUCUUUACCAAAAAAUUUUCUUGAAAGCAUCUAAUAACUUAUUUUUAAAAAAUUCUAAUAAAAAUGGGUGAAUAAAAUAAAGCAAAUGAAAAGAAGAUUGGCAAAUAAUGCGUAUACUCAUUGAAUAGGAUAAUGCUACCCCUACAUUGAAUAAAUUUAAGAAGUAUGUUCAAAUAUCAUUACGUCCUACAAAGUAAGAAAUAAAUAGUAAAAGAUUAU